AUGACUACCCCAACAGCUUCUCUUCUACCUCCUGUGUUCAACGGUGAACACUACCAUAUUUGGUCAGUUAAAAUGAAGGCUUACCUGAGGGGCCAAGGACUCUGGCAGUAUGUAGAGGAAGAGAGACAACCCCCUCAGUUGGGACCAAAUCCUACCCUCAAUCAAAUCCGAAUGCAUGAAGAGGAAGCAUCAAGAGCUCCAAGAGCCUUGUCCCACAUCCACUCAGCAAUCACAGACCUUGUUUUUACAAGGAUUAUGGCAUGCGAAACUACUAAGGAAUCAUGGGACAAGUUGAGAAAAGAGUUCAUGGGAAGUGACACUAGAAGGAACAUGCAGGUUUUGAAUUUGAGAAGGGAGUUCGAAACUUUAAGGAUGCAAGAGGCUGAGAAGGUGAAAGAAUAUGUUGAUAGGUUAAUGAACAUUGUCAACAAAAUCAAACUACUUGGAGUGCAGAUGCCAGGCAGCAAGAUUGUGGAAAAGGUGAUGGUGAGCCUGCCGGAAAGGUUUGAAGCUAAGAUCUCAUCCUUGGAGGACUCAAAGGACCUGACUCAGAUCACAAUGACUGAGCUGGUCCAUGCUCUACAGGCACAAGAGCAAAGAAGGCUCCUAAGGCUUGAAGAUGCAAAUGAAGGAGCGAUGCUGGCAACCUACAAGGGCAAAUCUAUGCAAGGAAAUUAUAGAAAAGCUACUGGAGAAAAGAGAGGAAAAGAAAGGUCAAACAACCAAUGGAACAAAGCUGGUGGGAUGCGAAAUUUUCCAGCUUGUUCUCAUUGCAAAAAGAAGGGACAUGCAGAGUAUAAAUGCUACUUCAGACCUGGUAUACAGUGUAGGGCUUGUAAACAGUUUGGGCAUAUUGAAAAAGUAUGUAGAAACAAGGGAGAGUAG